GACCCCCCCCUUUCAGCUCGGAGAGUCUUCCGUUAUCGGAUAGACGGUGGCUGCGGCAGGUCAAUCCGGCAACGGGUCUUGGUUUGCGCGAGGGUCGCGUUGUCGAGGCUGAGCUGGAGCGGCAGGCAAUAUGGAGACUCUGUACCGGCUGCCGUUCACGGUGCUGGAGUGCCCCAACGUCAAGUUGAAGCGGCCGAGCUGGGUGCAUAUGCCCUCGGCCAUGACGGUUUACGCGCUGGUGGUAGUCUCGUAUUUCCUCAUCACUGGAGGAAUCAUUUAUGAUGUGAUUGUAGAACCUCCCAGUGUUGGCUCAAUGACUGAUGAACAUGGACACCAGAGGCCUGUGGCCUUCUUGGCUUACAGAGUAAACGGACAGUACAUCAUGGAAGGGCUUGCUUCCAGCUUUCUCUUCACAAUGGGAGGCCUUGGCUUUAUAAUACUGGACCGUUCCAAUGCACCAAAUAUCCCAAAGCUGAAUAGAUUUCUGCUGCUUUUUAUUGGGUUUGUCAGCGUCCUGCUCAGCUUCUUCAUGGCCAGAGUGUUCAUGCGAAUGAAAUUACCGGGCUAUUUAAUGGGUUAGUGCCUCUUGUGACUGAUACAAGCACAAAUUGGAUUUGCUUCUCUUCAUGAAGAGGAAUGGAUAGCAGAUACUCCACAGCCCCACUCUGCCCUGUCUGGAGACAGAAGAAAAAGAGAACCAACUAAGGAACAGACUGCUUUCUCCUCCUAUAAAUAUCCACAUUUUGUUACAGGUGGUUAGUUUUUAUUAACAGAUUUGUGUCUAUUUUUCUUCACUGUAAAAAAAAAAAAAGGAAACAAAGUAUUAUUUAGGCAUAAGUGUGUGGAAUAUAACAUACAAAACUACCGCCUUUCCUAUUCUCCCCCACCCCACCCCAUGAUUUGAGAUAGACGUGAUCAUUUUAUACCUUGUGGCUUGUUCUCUUUGUGAGAGCAUUCUUUGUUUUAAAUCAAGAGAAAAGGCAAUAGAAUUUAUCUCUUCCAGAUCUAUAAAUGGGAAGAGCUAUUUGUUGUGAAGUCCAUUGCCAUUGGACAUGAUGGCGCUUACCAGCACCAACUUGUGAGGGCAGCCAGUGGUUUUAUGUUCUCUGCUGGCUUUCUGGACAGGCCCAUCCAAACUGACAGUGCUAAUCAUUAUAUUGAGUAGAUGGGAGGCAAGGGGGAGUUGGAAGACCGGAGAGGAUGCUUAGAGUUGGGCUCCUGCUUUGUACUACUGCACCUACACGAUCCUCUCCAUCAGGUGAUUAGUGCUGUAGAGCAUCCCAAGCGGUCCACAUAUGAGGUAGAAGCACUGUUUAUGUAAUCCAGAAUACUAAAUAAAGUCUUUGAUUUUCCACACUAGCCUCUUCCAAUCCGCAUGGACUCACCUGUUUCUGCAUAGGAAUUGGCUUCUCUAAAUUGGGCUAUGUGUAUCCUAUCCAAGCAGUGUCUUGGACACCAUGAUCUUUGACAUUCUUGGUAUUACCUUAACAGAUGCAGACCCAUGCAAAGGAAAACAUCAUUGUGUGAAAGUAGUUCUUCCUUUGGGGGGGGUGUGAAAUAUUAAACAUCUUUUCUACUAAA